AUGGCAUUAGGUCCUUGUCCGGAGUGUACCGAACCUCUCCAUCCAAAUGAUAUUCGAAAGAUUCUGAAUGAUGAAUUCGCUAUUGCAAAAUAUGAAAAGUUCAUGAUCCGGCGGGUGUUGGUGACUGAUAUUGAUGCUAGAUGGUGUCCUGCCCCAGAUUGUGGGUAUGUUGUCAUAGCAACUGGAUGUGCGAGCUGUCCAAAAUUAAAAUGUGACAGGCCCGGAUGUGAUACAUUCUUCUGUUACCACUGUAAGCAAGAAUGGCAUCCAAACCAGACGUGUGAUGCUGCUCGAGCGCAGAGAGCUCGCUAUUCACCACAUCCACGCUCAGCUUCAGUCUCAUUCAGUCAGGACUCAAUCAUACAGACAGAAGCCAUAAAGUUGUGUCCCUGCUGUAAGGUGUUGAUCGUUAAGAUGGAAGAUGGCUCCUGUAACCACAUGACGUGCAGUGUAUGUGGUACAGAGUUUUGUUGGUUGUGUAUGAAUGAGAUCACAGACCUGCACUACCUGAGUCCAUCAGGCUGUACGUUCUGGGGGAAGAAGCCUUGGAGUCGUAAGAAGAAGAUUUUCUGGCAACUGGGUAUGUUAGUUGGUGCACCUGUGGGUAUCGCCUUGAUUGCUGGCAUAGCCAUUCCUGCCAUCAUCAUUGGUAUCCCCGUGUGGGUGGGAAGGAAGCUCCAUCGUUAUCACGUCAACAAAAACAGUGGCAGACACAAAAGAAACCUUGCUGUCACAACCGGAGUAAUAACCUCGGUUCUUGUGUCUCCUAUACUGGCAGGGAUCGCUGCUGGCAUCGGGGUGCCCAUCUUACUAGCAUAUGUGUACGGAGUAGUUCCCAUUUCCCUCUGUCGUUCUGGUGGCUGCGGAGUGACCACAUCAGCAUCUGGAGUGAGGUUUGAAUUUGAUGAAGAAAAUGAUAUUGGUGUAGCAGCAGAUGGCAUGAGUGUAGAUACAGCAGCGAGCCACAGAGGAGUCAACCCAAGUAUUGGUGAAGUUUCCUCUGGGUGUGUUAACACUAUCCUGUAUCAGAAUGUUUUAUCUUCUAGAUUAGAGGUUCAAGCUGAUAUAUCCUCUAAUAAAAGACUCAGUUUAAGCAGUCAUACUGAAACAGCCUCGGCGAACCUUUCUCUUGCUGAUGAUGCUAGUACGAAAGCCCUUGCUGGGUCUCUACUUGGUUACAGAGAUACAGUGGAUAUCCAUGUUGAUGCCGAGGGUUCGACUGAGGAUACUUCUCUUCCUCAUGGCAUACUGAAAGGAGGGGGUAAUGCUGCUGAUUGCAAAGCAUGUGAAACUGUUUCUGUGCGGACAGAAGACUCUUGUCUCUCGUACUGUUAUGGUGAAGGUGGGAGUGCUCGAGGUGGUGGAGGGUAUGGGUAUCGAUGGAGAACGUCUGGGCGACAGCAGCAGGUGGGAGUUGACGGUAGUCCUUUAGCAUCCUGUAUUCCAGAAAGCCAACACUCUGAGCCUCGGAAGGACUUGAGAGAGUGUUGUGUCAGUUUCAUAGAUGAAAGUCCUGGUGUAGGUGAGAGGCCAGGAGCAGGGAAAAGUGUAAAACCAAAGUCAACACUUUCAUCUGGAGGUAGUAGCAUGAUCAGCUUGCCUGAGGUAACUGAGCAACUAUGUUGUUGUGAAAUAAAACAACUGUCAACAGGCUGGGAUGACCAUCAUUCUAGGGGUAGACAGAUAUCUAGAUCCACAUCCCUGUGCAGUGGAAACUUCUCCCAGAUUCUCCCAAAUGCUUCUACUGAACCACAAUGUGCCAGAACUAAAUCUUGUGAUUUCACUUGCGAAAAGUUAAAUCAAACAAAACACGAGUCUAGUCAAGAAAUACACAACAGUUUAGAUGAUAAAUUGGCUAGAAUCUUUUCUUUGAAAUCCAAUGGGCAGUCUCUUUCAGCUCUUUCUUGCAGUGAGGAGCUAGGUUCUCACAUUGAAACGAACUGUGUGCCCAGACCACCUAGUGCCCCAUAUUGACUGUCUUAGCAGAAAGUUCCACAGCAAAAGAUGACCUUCCCAAGUUUUGAAAUUAAGACUAAUUAUUAUUGCUUGUUUUGAGAGAAAAACAUUAUUUAAAAAAAAAUUAUUAUGUUUCAUUAAUUAAGGGAUAAGUAAUGCAAAACUUUAAUUUGUGAAAUUCUGCAUCGAGGCUGUAACUCAUAUGAAAAACUGAAAAAUACAAAAGCAUCCUUAGAGAACACUUGAUUUGUAAGGUGUGUUUAUAUGUAUGUAUGUAUAAGUACACUAUAGAGAACACUUGAUUUGUAAGGUGUGUUUAUAUGUAUGUAUGUAUGUAUAAGUAAGUACACUGUAGAGAACACUUGAUUUGUAAGGUGUGUUUAUAUGUAUGUAUGUAUAAAUAAGUACACUGUAGAGAACACUUGAUUUGUAAAGUGUGUUUAUAUGUAUGUAUGUAUAAAUAAGUACACUGUAGAGAACACUUGAUUUGUAAGGUGUGUUUAUAUGUAUGUAUGUAUGUAUAAAUAAGUACACUGUAGAGAACACUUGAUUUGUAAGGUGUGUUUAUAUGUAUGUAUGUAUAAAAAAAAUUAUUUUGUUUGUAUUUUUGGUCAUCUGGCAGUUUUUACCAAGAAGGCCUUUAUUGAACUACAUAGCCUGUAAAAAUAACUAAAGUGUAAUUUCGUAGUUUCCUCUUGCCUUUACCAGUAGAUGCAACAAGAUUUAAAAACAUCCAUGUUUACUUUGUUUCCUUUUAUAAAUGUGUUCAGUGAGAGACAAUCACAAAAAAAUACAAGUGAUAAUUUUGGUACACAUGAAAAUACAAGUAUCUCAGACGGACGCAUGAACUCCUCGGUAUUUGGUAUUUUCUAUCUGUACGUUAUGUAUGCAACACACGGACUGAAUUGAACGGCCGGGUAAAAGGUUUAGGCGUAGUCAUCCACAAAUGGAAGUGCGGGGCAUGUUCAGUGGCAAAUCUUGACUCAAACCUUGGAUCUUCUGACCAGCAUCCCAGCCUGAUCAUCAGCUAUUAUAUAUUUCCCAAACCACCAGUGUCACUUGCCACCUCUUAGGUUUAGCAAAAGCAAAAUAAGACAAUGGUAAUAUUCACCACUGCUAGUUGACUAACCUAAAAUAUGAAAAACAUGGGAUACCAUACUGAUUUUAAUUGAAUCAACACAGUGUAUAAAUGGAUUGAGAGUUAUCUAUAAUCAUGUUACUAAAAAGCCCUUCCUACAGAAGAUUGUAUAUAUAUAUAUAUAUAUCAGUGAGAGUUUGUCAGAUGUACCUUGCUCAUCAUUCCAACAAUACUUAACUUCAACUUCCUCCAUCAAUUAGGAAAGAAGACGUCACUACAAAACAUAAAAUAGCAUUUUAUAUUUAAACAUUCACUGAAAUCACUCCACGUUGUUUUUUUUUUCUUCUUCUUCUUCUUCUUCUAUACAAUCUGUAGUUAUUGCAAUUUCUGACUUUGAAAAUUUUAAAUUGCAAUACAUCCACAAAAUAAAUACGUAUUUAUGUUCUGUCAAUCUGUUUUCUUUAUUAAUUACUGUACUACUUUCUGCCCGAUGUUUGCAGAACUGUAACUUUAACAUGAAUUUCCAACAUUUUUCUACUGUUGAAUAUUAAGAAGCCGUUAAAACAGCGUGUCUCUCUAAGGCACGUGAUUCUGUUGUUCUAUAAGUAAAGAAAGAGUGUGUUUUAUAACCAUAGCUUAGUUUUUAUUAAUGUCGAAUUGUGUGUGUAACUAUGAUGUUAUGGUCAAAUCAAAGAUAUUUAAAUAAGGUGUGUAGAAAUGUUACAUGAAUGUUGUAAAGAUUUCUGUCAGUGUAUUUAGUUUUUAUCUCUAAACAUAAAACACUGUCCGAUGGUGAUAAGUAAUUAUAGCUUGUGUUUGAUAAAGCAUUUACAGUAUUUUUGAUAGGUAUGUUGUUGUGAAACCACACUGUACGUAAUGUUUGAUACUAAAUUAUUCUACUGGAAACUGUCAUCUGUGGUGUUUGAUACAACAUCCCUAGGCAUUGUUAUUGUCGUAUCUUAUGGUGUUUUUUGUAAGCUUUUUGAUAUAAGCUAACAUUUAUUGCUAUAAAUGGUUCUUCGUGUUUAAAAGCGAAUGCGUUGAUGUACUGCUGUUAUCUUCAAACUUCGUCAAAUAGUAAUUUCAGUCAGUUACUAUAAAGAAAUAUAAACCCAUCUUUUUGUGAUGAAAAGAAAUGACUUUCAGGGGUCACAGUGAUGCAAAUUUGUGCAAAAUAUUCUGCCUUUUUUUUUUUACACCCAAAGCUCAGCUAGACAUAACGGUAGGAGAUCUCACACUUCACAAUAUACCAACCACUGUCAUUUAAAUAUAUUUUCUUAUUUUUUGUCAGUUUUCCCACAGAUGAUGAGGUGUACAUGGGCAGUCAGCUGUGGACUAGCCAGGACUGUUGUUUGGUUCGGAGUGAGAGAUCAUCCUUUGAACAGUUUCUGUCUUGUAUGUUGACACUUAAUCUCUUGCGGACACGGUAAACAUUUUUUUUUUGAAACCCCCUAACACAAUCUCUUUCUUAUGUCUUUGUAAAACAUCAGUUUAAAAGCUAGUCUACAUUAUUAAUAACAUUCCAAAAAAAAAAGAGUUGGAUCUACAGAUCUUUAAGCAUGAGAAAAAUAAGCAGAGUUUACUAUGGUACUUAAACAUAAGAUCCAGCAAUGAGUUAUUUCAGAGUGAAAAUGUUAUCCCACAACUGACUUCACUUUACCAGUUGUCAUUUAUCUCUGGUGGUUUUAUAUCUUUCUUUUUUUCCUUUCUCUCUCUCUCUCAUCAUUCAAAAAUUUUUAAUGGAUUUUUCCAAACUGUAGGAAUUCUGAUGACAAUGUCAUUGUAAUUGAAGACAUUUCGUAAUACACUAAGUUGUCACUUUGGUACGCUGAUAAAAAAAAUGUUAAGUAAUUUAAUAUUAUGUCCUUUGUAAUCUGCUGCAGUGGAAAUUGUAUUUUUGAAAAUGCUGAGCUUGUAAUAAAAUUUUAACUGAAUCAUUUA